AUGGCCGACCAACAUACCACAUUCAAGCCUAAAGAAGUACAUGGUUUGAAAAAGAUACCUCCAUAUUGGUACCCAUAUACCACCAUGACCAAGUUGCGAUGGAUUGGAAGGGAGUUGCUAGAAGUUGUGUCUACGGAAUUUCGUGAUCGAUCCAUGGAAUAUUACAGGUACGCUCUAGAAUCAGGCGUUACUACUGUCAAUGGGAAGAUUGCAAGACCAGAUACCAUCUUGAAAGAUGGGGACCGUGUCGAAAACGUGGUUCACAGGCAUGAACCGCCAGUGACGUCCAAGCCUGUCAAAGUCCUUCUGCACGAUGUGGAACGAGAAUUUAUAGUAGUCGACAAACCUGGUAGCAUCCCUGUCCACGCAUCUGGGCGCUAUUACCGCAAUUCGCUCAUUGAAAUCCUCGUGAACGAUUUUGGAUAUGAGAAAUGUUACCCUGUCAAUCGCCUGGAUCGUCUCACCUCCGGGUGUAUGAUAAUUCCAUUAUCGGCCAGCCGAGCUAGGCAAUUAACCGCAGAGUUCAUGAACGGAACCGUUCGAAAGGAGUACGUCGCAAGAGUCAAAGGCAAAUUCCCUUCCGAAGAAAUCGUAUGUGAGGAACCUCUGUUGACAGUAGAUCGGCAAAUGGGGUUAAAUAUUGUCCAUCCUGAGGGCAAGCACGCAAAAACAGUUUUUAAUCUCAUACGGUAUGAUGAAAACACCGACAGUAGUGUGGUUCGAUGCCGACCUUUUACUGGACGAUCACAUCAACUCCGUGUGCACUUGCAAUUCUUAGGACAUCCGAUAGCAAAUGAUCCUGUAUAUUCUGAAAAAAAAAUUUGGGGAGAGAAUGUUGGCAAAGGAGGCAUUGAUGUCACUCCAAGCGAAAACCGUGAAGCUCCCGCGCCCCCAUCACACCUCCAAGCUCUUGUCAAUUCAGUAGGAAGCCCUGAAUCACUUUCAAAAUCAUCGGAAAAUGUCAGUGGUGAUUCCGCGGCUACAAAGUUGUUACCUCGCGAAACAGGUGAGGAUAUUGGAAUGGGUUCGCCAGUACCACUUUCAAGUGAGGCUGUGGGUGUAAUAACACGACUUAGGAACAUGAAAGAUGAAGACGAAGACUGGAGUAGAUGGCGAGAUGUAGUCUUCCGAGCCAAAGGCUUAAUGCGGCCAAAGGAUCUGGUUAUCAAACCUCCCCCUCCCCAGAACAAAAGGAAAAAGGGAGGGAGAGCCGAAGUCGUAUCUCAACCACCCUCUGUUACCGACCCCGAUGUCUUGGAUAGUCACCAUUCUGUUGAGGGCACCGCCGUGUGCGCUGACGCCGACACUUCUCCUGGGCCGGCUGCUACCUCGAAUGCACUGCUGGCAGAAGACCCGACCCCCACGCCAACAGAAGAAGCUGCUUCGGGUUCACCUUCACAGCUCACAUUAGACGAAGUCACCGAAAAGAUUUCAGCAGCUCCAUAUACUGGACUAGAUGUGGGCCCAUCAAAUGACCCGAUUUACUGUCCUGAAUGUUACCUACCUCUUCAUCCCGACCCGAAACCCGAAAAGCUGUAUAUCUUCUUACAUGCGCUGAAGUAUACUAUCAGCCUAGGAGAAUUCUCCACAGAGAUGCCAGACUGGGCGGCGGAAGGUUUUGAAUGGGAUCAAACCUGA